GGGUCCAGUCUAGGACUCGCUCGAGGCCGUGUAGACUUGGCCGGCUUGGAGGCUGGGCCUCGGUUCCGGCCUUAGCUUAGACGAGGCCCGGUGAGUCUGGACCCGGAAAGGGUGGAGCCUCUGAGCUCAGACCCGGAAGCGACCGAGACGUUUCCAAGCCUAGACUAGGAAACCAGGUUGCUGGGAUCCUAGGCCGGAGAGUCCGCAAAGUGCAUCUCAGCCCAGCGGAGAAGGCCGUGGUGGGGCGGGACCCGGGACCUGAUGUAGCAAGGGCGGGGUUCCACUGCGAUCGCCAGGCCAGCGGGAGGCGGAGCGGCGGGGAGCGCUGUGGCCCGGAUGUUCGGGCGCUGCGUUCGGACCGGCUGAUCCCCGGGCUCCUGUGGAGAACCUAGCCUGGCCAAUGGCUGUCGUCGAUAUUCAACCAGCAUGCCUUGGCCUCUACUGUGGGAAGACCCUGUUAUUUAAAAAUGGCUCAAGUGAAAUCUAUGGAGAAUGUGGGGUGUGCCCAAGAGGACAGAGGACAAACGCACAGAAAUACUGUCAACCUUGCACAGAGUCCCCCGAACUCUAUGACUGGCUCUAUCUUGGAUUUAUGGCUAUGCUUCCUCUUGUCCUACAUUGGUUCUUCAUUGAGUGGUACUCAGGGAAAAAGAGCUCCAGCGCUCUCUUCCAGCACAUCACGGCGCUGUUCGAGUGCAGCAUGGCAGCCAUCAUCACCUUACUCGUGAGCGAUCCAGUGGGCGUCCUGUACAUCCGUUCCUGCCGAGUACUGAUGCUCUCUGAUUGGUACACGAUGCUUUACAACCCGAGUCCAGAUUACAUCACCACAGUGCACUGCACUCACGAAGCAGUCUACCCGCUAUACACUAUCGUGUUUGUUUAUUACGCAUUCUGCUUGGUGCUGAUGAUGCUUCUCCGGCCUCUGCUGGUGAAGAAGAUCGCCUGUGGACUAGGGAAGUCUGAGCGGUUCAAGAGCAUUUAUGCCGCUCUUUACUUCUUCCCCAUUCUGACCGUGCUGCAGGCCGUUGGUGGAGGCCUCUUGUAUUAUGCCUUCCCAUACAUUAUAUUAGUGUUAUCUUUGGUUACUCUGGCUGUGUACAUGUCCGCUUCUGAAAUAGAGAACUGCUAUGAUCUCCUGGUCAGGAAGAAAAGACUCAUUGUUCUCUUCAGUCACUGGCUGCUGCACGCCUAUGGAAUAGUCUCCAUCUCCAGAGCGGACAGGCUUGAACAUGACCUACCGCUUUUGGCUCUGGUGCCGACCCCAGCUCUGUUUUACCUGUUCACUGCAAAGUUUACUGAACCAUCACGGAUACUCUCAGAAGGGGCCAAUGGACACUGACUAUAAUAUGCCAAAAAAACACGAAACAACCCCAAAUCAACCAACCAACCAACCAAACAAAACAAACAGAAAAACCCUAAAAAGUAUUCUUAAUAAAUUAAAGAAGAAAUUAAAAUGUAUUAAUAGCAUUAGGUCAUACAUGGGAACAAGAGUGUCUGGAUAUCUUUUUUUUUUUUUUUUUUUUUUUUAGGAAUGUACUAAUGUCUUUAUUCAAAAGUACAAUGUCUGGAUAUCUUAAUGCUUGUUUUUUAUCUUUUGAUUUAACGGACCUUGUGAUUAGACUUGGAAAUUGCACAGCAUCAUGGCUCUGUGCUCUGCAUAUAUUAUCUAUCACACUGGAAGCCCGAACAGGAAGUUUCAGUUGCUUUGGAGCACAGCCGUGUUUCUGUGUACCUGUGCUAUUGGGAGUCUCCCGGCUUCGUGUGAAAACCUUUUAUCAAGUAUAUUCGGAACUCCUUUGCUGUGACAUCAUUAUUCCUGCUUGUGAUCUGUGCGUUGACUUUCCCCUGUAAGGAAUUAUGAAGGCAAGCAUAUUUGUGGAGUGUGAGGUCAACUACAGAAGCAAAGGAGGUUUUUGUCAAUGUCUAUUUAUUUUCACCAGUACAGUAUUUUAGUAAUAUUACAAAAAUAAAGCGUAAUUUAUAUGAGCUUUCUGUUUAUAGACAGUUUGGUUGAAGACGUGUUCAGAUUAUUGUUCCUGUAAAGAAGAAAACAAUAAAGAGUUUAACUGUAAAAUAACUCAGUGUUCUGACAGUUGAGUCUUUUUUGCCAUAGUGUUUAUGGAAGUAAUUAAAAAUGUUAAGUAUUAAGAUUAAUAUCUCUUUUGUCUACUGAAUAAAUACACAUACUCUCAUCCUCUCGUAUUUUAUUUCUUAAAAUAAAAUACCUAUACCACA